GGUAUGGCAAAAGAACCCUGAAGACCUGCAUAUGGAAUACCUGGCCAAUACACCAGUUUCAGACUGUGAAGCAGAUGAUGAAGACACUGCAGUCUUCAAGCCAGUCUUCUCAAAAGUCACAGAAGACCAAGUGGCUCUUACUUCUGUGGAAGCAGCAGUUGAGGAUUUCCAAACAUUUCCGGAAACCUCACCUGCCUUCGAAACGGAAACCUCACCUGCAUUUCAGGUAACUUCUCAUGCUUCUGAAAUGGUUCUAACUGAAGUUGUUCAAGAGAAGGCAACUUCUCCCCCACAAGAACAGAACCAGGAAACAGCAGCAGAAGAAGAAAUUCAGCAACUAAUCCAAUCUCAAGUUUUAGAGACUCUCACAACUCCUGGUGAGAUCUCCAAUUAUACAGAAACUGAGAUCCCGGAGAAGUCAGCAAAAAUUCCAGAACAGUCAGCUCUUCCAGAAACAAUAGAGCAAGCUGUUGAAGUGCAAAGGAACUCUGGAGAAGCUGAAAAGGAAACUCAAAUGGCAGAAGUGGAGGUUUGUCAAACUCCAGUAGCCAUUUUUGAAGACCAGAAUAAAGAUGAAGAAAGAGACUCCCUUUCUAGGGAUAUAUCAAACUUUGCGCUUGAUGAAGCAGAAGGUGAAUCUGAAAGAACAUUGAAGGUCACUGAUGAAGAAGAUGUACAAGAAGAUGCUGAAUCUCUUCCUAUGCAACUCUUCCAAAGUACACCAUCUUCUCAUCAGGUAACCAACUUUCAUUUUCAUAGCUCUUCCACUCAUACCCUUCUGGAUGAGAUACCGGAAAUCUGGACAAAGAAGGUCCAAGGGCUGAUUGAAUCAGCCCUAGCAUCUCAACAUGCCUCCUUUAGGCAAGAGAUAGAGCAAAUGGAAGCCAAGAACACUCAACUGCUAGAGAAAUCAGAAAAGAAACACAACGCAGAUCUAAAGGAGAUAGGUACAUCAGUAGACAAGACUCUAGAGAUCAUCUCUCUAUUGAGUAAUACU